UGCUUCUCCUCUGCCUUUUAGAACAAGACAGUCACAUUUUCCUAUUUACGUUGCCGCCAGCGACUCCUCUUCUCUGUGCUCUCCAUAGUCCCCGAAGAACCAUAAAGGGAACCCCCUGGAACUAAUCCGGCUAUGCUAUGAAGUGGCUUUGUCCGUUCUAUGUUUUUAGGCUUGUUUUCACCAAAAAGACAAUGUCUUUUUAUCAGAGGCUUUCAUUUGGCUAAACAGUUUGCCAACCCAAGUGCUGAAGAUAUUAUUUUUAAGGCAAUUUGUGUGAACUUAAGGCAAAAGAAAUGGAAUUUACUGGACAAAAUGUUGCCAAGCCUAACAAGUUCUGUUGUUUCUCGUGUCUUCCACGAGUUUCAAAGAUCCCCACCGGUAGUUUUAGAGUUCUACAACAGGAUUGGAGGGUACAAAUUUAUAUUGGAUUCUUCAAGUUGUUGUGGUAUAGUCAUUCAUGUCAUGGUGAACUGCAGAAAGUAUGAUGAUGCACUGUUUUUGAUGAAAGAAUUGAUGAUGGCUAGGGGAUGCUCGCCCUUAACUGUUCUGGAGAUAUUGCUUAACAGCUAUGACUCGGUUUUUUCAAGUAGUGCAGUUUUUGAAGCACUUGUGGGGGUGUGUACUCAAAUUGGCUCAACCAAGGGUGCUUAUGAGGUCAUCAAUAAAUUGAGAGUGGAGGGCUUUUGGCUUUCUAUUCAUGCAUGGAAUAACUUUUUAAGUCAUCUGCUGAAAUUAGAUAAGGUAGCUCAGUUUUGGAUGGUAUACAAGGAAAUCAUUUCAUAUGGGUAUUAUGAGAAUGUGAAUACUUUUAACUUGAUUAUAUAUGCUUUUUGCAAGGAAAGUAAAUUCUUUGAAGCCAUCUCAGUUUUCUAUAAGAUGUUGAAAAAUGGGAUUAUGCCAACUGUUGUUGCUCUCAACAUGCUUAUUGAUGGUGCUUGUGGUAUGGGUGACCUCAAUGUGGCAUUGAAGCUUAUCAGAAAGAUAGGAACCAUGUCAAAGGGUUGUGUGACCCCUGAUUCAGUUACUUAUAAUACUCUCAUCAAUGGAUUUUGUAAGUUGGGGAGUGUGGAAAGAGCAGAGGACUUUCUUGAUGAAAUGCUCAAGAUGGGUAUCAAGCCCAAUGUAAGAACUUAUGCAACACUGGUUAAUGGAUAUUGUAGAAAUGGGUGUUUGGAGGAGGCAUUCAGGUUGUGCAAUGUUAUGGUUGAAAAGGGUUUGAUGCCUAAUGCAGUUGUUUAUAAUUCAGUUAUUCAUUGGCUGUACAUGGAAGGGGAUGUGAAUGGAGCUUCAGUAUUAUUGUCUGACAUGAUCAAGAGGAAUAUAUGCCCAGACAAAUUUACCUAUUCCAUUCUUGCAAAUGGACUCUGUAUGAAUGGCCAUAUGAGUGAAGCUGUUAAGUAUUAUAAGUGGAUAUUAGAAAUGAAGCUUGUUGAAGAUGUUUGUCCUGCCAAUAUACUUAUCAAUUAUCUUUGCAGAACUAAAAAUGUAUCAGGGGCUAAGCAACUUUUGUGCAAUAUGUUUGUCCGUGGACUAAUUCCAGACCUGGUCACUUAUGGUUCAUUGAUUGACUGGUAUUGCAAGGAAGGAAACAUGGAAAAUGCCUUGAGAAUUUAUGAUGAUAUGGUAAAGGUGGAGAAAAAUCCCAAUUUGGUGAUCUAUAAUUCUAUAUUAGAUGGUUUUUGCAAAGACCAAUCUGUAAAUGCAGGGAAACUAUUGCUAGAUGCACUAAAACAAGAAGAUUAUUUUGAUAUUGUAACAUUUAACACUUUGUUGAAUGGAUAUUGCAUUAGCGGCAAUAUGGAUAAUGCAUUUCAGUUACUUGUGGGUAUGAAGAAGGUUGGAAUUUCUUUCAACAGAGUCACUUACAAUAUAUUGAUCAACUUCUUGUGUAAGUUUGGGUUGAUUGAGCAGGCAAAGGAACUUGUGGAUAUGAUGCUUGCUCGGGGCAUAAAUCCUGAUUCUGUUACAUAUACGACUCUUAUUAUGAGCGGGAUCAAGAACUGUGAAGCUGAGGAAGUUGUUGAAUUACAUGACUACAUGGUGCUUAAAGGAGUAAUUCCUGAUAGUCACGCAUACCAAGCCAUUGUUCAUCCACUCACAGCAGGGGUAUAUUCAGAUUUCACUUGACUUUUUACUGGACAUAUUGUUGUAUAUGCAUCUCAUGAAGUUGAAAAGGCAUGUUCCUUUUUUCUCAGUUUGGUAGAACAUGCAUUGUGUACUAGACUUCUUUAAGCCAUGACUUAGAGGCAUGCUGUAUCUGUGUCUUAAAUGGCUGGGAAUAUUGCACAUUCUGUUCCUACCUAUGCUACAGAAUUUCUCAUGUACUAAAUGUUUUUGGCUGGGCGCACCUGAAGGUUAAAGGUUCUUUUCGACUUGCUUAAAUUA